GAAUCCAACCAGAUGUGUACCAAGGAUCUAGAUAGGACACACAAUUCCCCUCUGCAAGGUCAGCUGGCUGGACGAGACUAUAAGGAUAUAAUCGGUAACAUUUCAGACAGGUCACAGAAACAUGCGGAAUGUGAAGGCUGCAGAAGACAGAGUCAGCAGCCUGGGGCAGACAACCGGAAUGAUGAAGACGAUGAUAUGCCCCACAGGAGUUCUGUUCUACCUAGAAGUAGAACCUUUGCUUCUGGAGAUGAACUGACUAACUUAAUUAACUUUAAACCAUCACUGGCUGGAAUAGGUCCAACAACUGGCAUCACAGGUCUUAUUCGAGGCCUUCAGUUUCAGAUUGAGACUCAAGAGGUGUUAAAGGAGUUUGUGGCUUUAGAACGUUUGAAACCAAUAGAUGACUGCAGAGCUGGCAAAGCACCAGAAAACCGGGAUAAAAACAGAUACAGAGAUAUUCUUCCGUAUGAUAGGACACGAGUUCCUCUGGGAGAAAAGAAUGGCUACAUUAAUGCAAGUUAUAUUAGGAUGAAAGUUGGAGAAGAGGAACAUUUCUAUAUUACAACCCAAGGGCCUUUGCCAUCCACUGUGGCUGAUUUCUGGCAAAUGGUCUGGGAGAGUGAAUCAGAUGUGAUUGCCAUGAUGACAAAAGAAGUGGAGCUAGGGCAAAUCAAAUCUCAUCGAUACUGGCCUGAACCUCCCCAUGACUCUAUAGACCUGGCUAAUUUCCAUCUCAGGCUAGACGAUUACCAGAUUCUGGAAUAUUUCAUAAUUAGAACAAUAGAAAUAAUCAACAAGCAGACAGAAGAGAAGCGCAUUAUAAGUCAUUUGCAGUUUACCACUUGGCCAGACCAAAAUACUUCCAAACUGCCUGAGCAACUUGUAAAAUUCAUUUGUUACAUGAGAAGAGCUCACAGCACAGGACCUAUUGUUGCUCACUGCAGCACUGGCAUUGGAAGAAGUGGAGUUUUGCUGGUUGUUGAAGUUUUGCUCAGCUAUAUAGAAAAAGAUUUAUCUUUCAACAUCAAGCAGAUAGUGAGAGACUUGAGACAUCAACGAUUUGGCAUGAUCCAAACGAAGGAUGAGUAUUUAUUCUGCUAUGAAGUUGUGCUGGAAGUCCUUCAGAACCUUCAAGCAAUGGAUUCCGACUGACUGCAAUAUGACUCUUCCCUGUUGCUGUCCCCAUUGGACUCCAGGGACCACUCAGUAAUUGCUUUAAAGCAAUGUCAAGCCAGCACAGACAAGUGUUACAUUACAUGCUUUGUUAAAUUACUCUGAUUUCUAAAGCAUUUCAAAACCUUGUUUAACAUGUCCUCGGUAAGUCAUUUAAGUCUUGGCACACAGUUUGGAGAAACAGCCAACCAGUGCUGGAACAGUGCUGUUAAAUUAAAA